AUGGCUUCUUCACCCAUAUCAUCACCACCUCUGGCGUCUCCCAACCCUCUUUCCUCUCCUAACGUUCCUUUGCCUAUCCCAAACUCACCAAUACCUUCUUCACCUUCCUUCUCUCCUCGUCCAACACCCCCUGUUCGUCGCGCAUCCACAUCUUCGGUGACAAUCCCUAUCCCAGGGAAGAGCAUCCUGAAAAAGCCACCCCCACCUCCUACUGGGCUGUUGUCGAGGAUCACGAGCGGAAUCAGCGUCAAUGGUAUCGGAGGAAUGAGCAUGGGUGGGUUGGGCAAGUUCUUUGGAAGCGGAACUGGUGGUAAUGCUACCUCAAGUGUGAACUCAAAUCUCGCCACCAUUCCAGAACCGCCAAUCGAUACUGUUCCUUCUUCGACGCCCCCGUUGAAUCCCGCUCUCAAACGCGCACACUUUAUUCUCCCGCAUAUGGCUGUUGUGUACCCCAUAUCGAGUUCUGCGCCUCCACGGACACCAACGACUCAGAUGGAGAAAAAGGCGGUAGAGAAUAGGGAGAGGGAAAGGAGGAGGAAGGUUGUGAGCGGUGAUUCUAUAGGUAGCGGUGGUUCCGCUGUGUCUACCACCAACCAGAGCGAAUCGAGCGGAUAUACGACUCCAGUCAAUGAGGAUUAUCGCUAUGGUCUUUCCACUGAUUCUCCUCCGACACCGAUAGGAGUAUCAGGCGCAGGAUGGUGGAGCAUGGAUAAGGUCGGCGCAUUCUAUAAAGAAUGUUGCGCUGCAUCAGACGAGUUUCCAGAUCCAGCUAUAUCCAAAGCCUUAUUGAGGUAUUCUACCUCCGCUGCAGCAUCCACCUCGUUAACAACCCUAUCCACUAAUCCAAACUCAACGAAUAAUGCAUUAACGCCAAUCACCGCCAACCCAAACCCCAUCUCUGCUUUGCCGUCUUCCAUGUCAGCAUCUGCACCACGUACCCUUGAUCUUACCGGUAUCUCUCUUUCUCUAACGCAAGCCGAGAUCCUCGCAGACGUGCUUUCUAUCGAAUGGGGUCUACGCACGCUCAUUCUCUGUGAAUCUAACCUGGACGUGAUAAUACUCAAACCGAUAUUACACGCGCUUUUACUCAACAAUACGUUGAUUUAUCUGAGUGUGGCGUCGAACUCCGGCUUGGGAAGGUCGAGUAAGAAUAGCGUUGCCGGUGGAGGUGGGGGACUCAAUUUUAGCGGUGGUUUUGGCAGCUUGAAGGGUGCAGUGAGUGGGGGAGCUGUUACUGGAUGGGUCGUACUCGAGGCGUAUUUGAGUAAAUCGAGAUUGAAGGUUCUGGAUUUAUCGAUGAACGUAUUGGAUAAGAAAGCGAUGGAGAGUGUGGUCAGAGGUGCUCUCGGGUCAUUGGGUGACGACUCGACUUCAUCUUCUUCCCGUUCGCCUUCGACCGAAUCUCUUUCAGCAAUCCUAGAACCUCAUAAUUCUCACUCUCACUCUUACUCUCCUUCUCCGUCCGUGAUUUCGCUCACCCUCGACUCAACAACUAUCAAAUCUUCCGCUGCUCUCGACGUUCUUGCGCGCGCCGUGCGUACUUCGCCGUCGCUUCGUACUCUUUCAUUGAGAAAUUGUCGGAUCGGAGCGAUGGGGAGUAGAGGAGGGAUAGCAGUUAGUUUGAUGGUGAGGGAUUGGCCCGAUAGUGUCCCAGGAGGUACAGGACCAAGUGGAAAUGGGUCUGGGAAUGCAUCGGGGAGCAAUUCGUCUUCGGCGUCCGUGUCGAUGCUCAAUCCGUCAUCUUCAACUCCAGUCAAUACCUCGCAUCCUCAGUCUACAACCUCCAUCCAAAGACUUCGUCGACCUGCCGCGCUCACGAAUUUGUUCGAUAGCGUAACUUCUCCGCCUGUGACAUCCACUCCUACUACAAACCCAGCAUUCCAGUCAUUAUCAUUUUCCAAAACACCAUUAUCAGCCAAGCCGUCACCAUCUGCCCCUCUCCAAAAACCACUUCUCCCGCCCCCGAGACAUCCUGUAAAUUCUAAUAUGGAGUUAACCUCAAAGCCUAAUUCUCUGCCGCCACCUGCUGCUCACCCGCUUUCACAUUCUUCGAAUCUCCCACCACCUCCACCGAUCCAUCCGACAAAAAUUCCUCCUCAAACGACUUAUACACCGUACGUUCCUCGUUCAAAACGAGCUGUCCUUGGUGCCGCACCUGGCACCGAAUCUGGGCCACCCACCCCUACUACACCUUCCGGACCUUUAACCCCGAUGAAAUCCGCCACACCAUUUACCCAUACACCGAUAACUCCAACCUUGACAACCGUCAGUCGGGGAGGCGUCACGGCUCUGACUUCUACCAACGAUUCCAACAACCUUUCUUCUUCCGAUAUUGCAUCAAAUCAUGCGAUUGAUUCGAAUUCGAAUUCUUUAAACCCGAAUGUUAUCAAUGCUAUAACGCACAAUCAUGGUGGGGCGACUCUCGGUGCGCAGCCUAUGCCGCCUUCUGUGGCAGCGUUGAACUCUGCGUCAGCGGCGUUGUUGACUCAGGUGAGAGCGCUGGAUGCGUUACCGAGGAUAGGGAGCUUGAGGGUGUUGGACUUGAGGGGGAAUGAGUUGAGGAAUCACAUUACGUAUCUGGCCCAAGUGCUGAAACGAAAUCGAACCCUGAAGUCCCUUAAUCUCCAAGAUAACAAACUCGACCCGAAGGCGCUGGUGGUCAUCGCUGAAGCGUUGAAGUAUAAUGCAGCAUUGGAGGAAUUGGAUUUAGGUAGGAAUCCGUGUUGCGGCGUAGUCGGUGGGGUAGGGAUUGCCUCAGGAGGCGAUCCUACGUUGACUCGAUCGUCUACCGUUUCUUCGACGAACUCAACGAGUUCAUCAUCUUCUUCCAUACGGUCGUACGCAAGUUCCUACACGCCCUCCAUGUCAACGCCCACAUCCUCAACAACCUCCUUCGUUUCGUAUAAACCGAAUCCACCGUCCAACGUUUCACUGACAACCGCUCACACGCAACCACGUUCACAACUCUAUUCAAAUCCCCAUCCUUCAACGACAGGCUCUGCUUUUUCCUCUCAUCCUUCGUCUGCCCCACCACAAGCCCAACCAAACCUCGGCCUCGAAGGCCUUCACGCUCUUCGUCUUGCUCUCGCUCUCAAUACUACUUUGACUCGUCUUUCCCUCUCCGCUACUCAUCUAGGCGACGCAGGCGCGAUUGCGCUGGCGGAGUGGAUGGGCGAGUACAGGGGGUUGAGGUGGUUAGAUUUGACGAGGAACUCUGCUGCGGAGGUGAGCUCUAAGUCUCUGGGUCUGAGUGGAGUAAGCGGAUCAGGGCUAGGCGGCCUGGGACAAGCGGGGGUGAUGGCACUGGCACAGGGCGUCAAGGUGAAUAGGACGCUGAGGUGUUUGGACGUAGAGAUUCCACCAGGGGUAGAGGGAUACGCGAAAUUAUCAAGAGAAAUACUCAACACUUGUAUUCGGAAUGUCGAAGCUAGCGCUCGAGAGCAGGCCGAACAGGCUGAACGGGGUGGAGAGAAUCGAGAACAACAGGACGAUUGGAAUAUCACAAAAGACCCAGUUCAUCGUGCAAAGGAUUGUAUGGAGGAUCUCAAGAAAUACCUCAAAAUAGUCUCUUCCACGAAUUCCGCAGCCUCCAUCACUUCCACCACCUUCUCAUCCCCGACAACAUUUAACACAUCUCUAUACCCACAUCCUCAUGCCAAUGCCGACGUCGAAACACUCCUACAGCGUUCAAAGUCUGCGCUGGAUGACCUCACGAAUGUCAUUUCUGGCCUGCUUGAGGAUACGUCCGAGUUAUCAUUCGACGGUCCUGUCAAAGAAGCGAAAAUGCAGGAAGUUUUGGAGUUGAGUGAUGUGCUUAGUGCACUGGUUGGGAAUCUUGAGGAAGUUAUUCGCAAGAACACUGCUCAAGAGUCGGUGUUGAAUGAGAAAAAUGAAGUUCAAGGGAUGGCUGGUGUGAGCACGAACGAGGCGGUAGAUGUUCCCGGUGCAGAAGGCAAAGAAUCUGGUCGAACUAGUCUUCCCUGGAAGGAGAAACCGAGCCUACGUGUUGAAGUUCCGCUAAAUCAUCCUACUCCCUCUGUCGCUUUUUUAACAUCAUUGUCUUCAUCUAUGUCUGCUUCAAACACCUUGUCAGAUUCUACUGUCUCCAGUUCCGGACCUACCUUCACGAUUACAGAUUCGCCUACACCUUCACCACCUCCAAGUACUUCCCCAAGACCAUCCAGUCCUAUACAUCCUGUUCAAGCCUCCGACGCUUCUAUCGCAUAUGAAGAACAUGACGUACUAAUACCGACUUCAGACAAAGGCAAAGCCCGAGCUCCUCCAGAACCAGAGCGACAUGAGCCAGUACUCAGUCCGACUGCGGUGUUGUUGAGGAACGGUGUGAGAGGUGCUUCGAGCUUGGGUCUUAUAGGAAGUCCGUUAAGCAGCUUGGGAGUAGGAAUAGGAUUGAGCGAUGACGGGUUGAGUGAGAGUGAGGGAGAAGGGGAGAUUGAGGAUGAGUAUGAGGAUGCGGUAGAUCGUGCAGGUGGAGAUGAAGGUGAGAAUGGCGAGGAGGAGGCAGAGGCUGGAGUUCGAUCUCGAAGUUGGGUUGCAGAAGAAGGAGAGGUAUUCCGAAAAGGAAAUGUUCUUCUUGGACCGGAGGAAAUGGAGGGAGAAUACGAUGGAGAGGAGUUACGAAGGGAGCUUCUCGAAGCCAUGGUUGAACGACCCGCACCACGGUCCCUUCGGAUAGAUGACCCAGAUGAUUAUGGGACCGUCUUGACUCCUUCCACUUCAUCCCCUUCCGCUGGUGGCUCAGCAUUAUCUACUCCGCUCUCGCCACCCCAUUCUUCAGCAUUCCUACCAACAUCAAGCCUGCAUUCAUCAUCCUCAUCAUCUGGUCCAAUAUCUAGCCUGUCGACACCGCUUGCAUCACACUCCGAAGAUGAUCUCCGAUUAACCUCCCCAUCAUCUUCGAUGUCUUCGAUGUCAGGCGGCACAACGCCAACGCAAGAAAUUAAUGCUUCAUCUGCUGCUGCUGCUGACGUUUCACCGUCAUCGUCAUUCGCAAUGCCAGGGGAAGAUGUCCGGUGGAUGAGCAACACAUGGGCUUGUCACCCUACAGCUUACGGAGGUGAUCAGUUUGGAUAUAGCUAG